CUCGCUUAACAUAAUGUUUUACAAAUUAAAAGGGGGGUAAAAUUAUAAAGUGUCUUAACCUUCAUAGGUAUUUCUUGAUUUUUUUGAAAAAUAUUUCAACAAUUUUUUAUAAUCUUUCAUAUAGCACUAAUACUGCACAUAUAAAGUACAAAACAUACGAAGUAUAAAUAAUAUUAACGGCUAGAAAUAUUUGUGUCCAAAUUAUAUUUAGGCAAAUAUAAAUGCAACAGUUAAGAUAGAAAAUAACUAUAAAAAUUAAAAUCCAAAUUUAUUUAUUUCUACCUCGGAAUGUUUAAAUUUUCAAAUUAUAAUUAUUCGUAAAAAUAUUUGUCAUAACAUCAUUUACAAUUAUAAAUGUAAAUAUUUAUGUAUUGUAUUUUGAAAAAAAUAAUGCAAGGGAAUAUAUUGAACGAUGUUAAAUUGUAGAGAAAAACAGAAUUAAGAUGAUAAAUAAUAUGGAAAAAAUUGUUUGUACACAUAAUUUGUAUACAUUUUAUAUACACACCUCGAAUUGUACCUCGCAAUAGUUCAGAAGCUGCCUGUGUACACAUACAACUAGGAGUGUGUACAUAAAAUGUGUACAACUUAUGUAUAUAGCAAAAAUGAUCCAAUAAGUAUUAUUGUCUUUGUCCCAAAAUUAUCUUCAAACUUUCUAUUUCUGUUUCUUUUUAGCAAAGAAUUUGUGGUUUACAACAGUUUUUCUCUUCUGUACACAACUCUCUAUCAUACAUUACACGUACACUAUCUUAAUCCUCACUAGUCAUUUGUACUUUAGGAGAUAAAUGCGAGACGAAGGGGAACUCCAUAUACAGUUAUUCUAUAAACUAUUUGGAAAUUAGGUUACGGGUAUUAUAUACUCCCUCCGUCCCGCAAAGAUGUUUCCGCUUUCCUUUUUUGGAUGUCUCAAAAAGAAGUUCCCCUUUCCCUAAAUGGAAAGUUAUCCUACAUCAAAACAGUGUCAAACAGUGCCAAACAGUGUCUAAACAGUGCCGAACAGUGUCUAAACAGUAAAGUCAAAUUUAUUUCCUAAAUAUGUGUAGGUCAAACCGGGAACAUCUUUACGGGACGGAGGGAGGACGUAGUAUUGAUGUGUGACAUUCUCUAUUAAUAAUGAUUGUGCUGAAAGAAAAAGGGUACGUGAAUGAUUGAAUGGGAAAAAGCAAAAGUGUGAGAGUCACGUACACAUGAGGUAGAUGAGUAGAAAUGAGCUGUCUUUGCCUGGUCUUUGUAAGACAUGCACAUGGUCGCUCAUGCUAGCUUGCAAGCAUGCCAGGCCAGCAUCAUAUGCAUAUGGAAUGGUUCUAAAGCUAGCUUGGAAAUUAAAAGAAACUAUUUCUUCUUGACCCGCCCCAUGCCAACCAAAUCAUAGCUAGCUAUUUAUCUCAUUCAAAAACUGUUUAAUUUGAGAAGAUAUCAUAAUUACUUUUCCACAAUUCUGUCGGAUCGCAGGGUGUAGGCCGGUAGAGGCGCUGAGGGCGGGCUAUUCAUCUUUAUGUGUGGAAAUUAUACCUAGCUAUAGAGGUGGAGUCAGGGCACUGAGCCUCAAUGGUGACAUUGCAUGAGACGCUACAAUGACAAGUGACGAGGACAUAGUGACAUCCACCACCAUCUCUCUGAGGUGAAUGCCGCUAGCCGAAGACCGCCAUCGGUCAUAGUGACACCGACCACAGUGACGCCGCCACAGUGACGCCGAGAGAGAUGUGUAGCGGCCCUGUGUUCUGAUUUGGUGUUCCGAUUGACCGAUUUGGUGCUCCUGGAGAGAGGAUGCAGAGACGAUGGUGACGUUGAGUUUGGGAAAGACGGACGAUCUGUUGUUCCUAGUGUUUAGGGGCAAUUGUGUCUCUUUAUUUUUAAUUGAUCUCUUUUUUUUGUCCUAAUUCAAACUACUCAUAUUUAUGUCUUGUAAAAGUGUGUACGUCAUACUCAUGUCAUUCUUUCAUUAAAUAAUUUAAUUAAUUAAUUAAUUUGAGGAAGCUUUAGAAACACUUCACAUGUUUGCGAAUAUACAUACGUCUUAUCCGUGCGUGCGGCCCAUAUAAUAAAGGGAAAAAUGUCAGAUAGACCCUCGAACUUACAUAAAAAGGUAAAAUAAGCCCUUAUAUAAGAGAUUAUGCCCGGCCGUCGUCAUUUGGGGCGGUUCCCAAGGGGAGAUGUUUGAUGAAAUUUUUUGAGCAUCUUAUUCAUUAAGUCUAGUUUACUCAUACCAAAUUUCAGCUAAAACUUCAAUCGGGAAGGCAUUCAAAUGAAUUCUUGAAGAUAACUGCGUAGUUAAAAGCGCAGUUAUCUUCAAGAAUGCAUUUGAAUGCCUUCCCGAUUGAAUUGUUACCUGAAAUUUGGUAUGCGUAAACUAGACUUAAUGAAUACGAUGCCCAAAAAAUUUCAAAAAAGAAUUCCACUGGGAAUUGCCCCAAAUGGCGACGGCCAGACAGAUCUUCCUAUAAAAGGGCUUAUUUGAUCCUUUUCCCUAUAAAUAAGACUAUCAUUAUUUUAGAAAAUUCUAAUCAAUUUAUUCUUUCAAUAGGACUAAAUGAGCCCUAUUUGAGAAAUAAAACAUACGGAGUAUUUAGUCUUAUUUUUGCACUUUGGCCAUCUCAAGGUAUUACAUGCAUACUCCAUCAUCCAUCUCAUCAAUGAGCUUGAUCAACAGCAACAGCGAAAAAGAUAAUUCAGCUAGCUGGCGUGUACAAAAACGUGGUGGCGCUUGGCAUGGCCCCUUACCAACCCAGCACCAGCCAAACCAUUUAGUUGGAACUGUUGUUCUGUUUACAACCGCAUCAAACCAGGCCAUUUGGGUUGCUAGAAAUAAUACUAGGCUUGGACCCGGUUCGGGCCACCUGGCCUGGGAACCGGCCCGGUACUGUUUGGGCCCGGCCUGGGAAACCGGGUACCGGUUCCGGGUCAUGACCCAGUUUUUGGGGUAUCCAGGCGCAGGUAUGGGCUUAGGGAAAGGUGAACCGGCCCGGCCAGUUCCGGGCCCGGUUCGAGCCAUUUUAUUUUAUUUUAUUUUUUUAUCUUUUUUUGUUUGGGCUGGGUUUAGAUGGGCUGGGUGUUUCCGAUGGGUUUGGGGUGGGGG